AAUUAAAUAAACGUAAAUUUAGGACUACAAUUUCUUAAAAAUAAAAGCAAGCAAACAAACAAAAAAAUAAACAAAAUAAAUAAAAAUAAAAAUUCGGAGGCUUCGUGUGCGACACGCAGAUCUUUUCGGGAAGCAGCUUUUACUGAACUCACAAAAACAAAAACAACAACAACAACAAAAAUAUGUAUUUUUGUUUUUUCCUCAUUAAACGUUAAAUGUUUUACGUCCCCAAAGCCUGCAGAUUUGUCAACGUUAAAUUAGUUACACCUUUGAAAGAGGCUAAAGGCUUUAACUAAUUUGGCAGGGCCUCAUUAUUAAAAAUGUAAAAUGUCAUGGAGUAAUAAUUUGAAAAGUAAAUUAGAAGGAGCUUUUUCGUGCAGCUUUAGCGUAAAUUUUGCUGCUCACUUUAUUCCGAUCACAUGCAGGUUAAAGUGCCCCAAAAACGACAUGAACGGGCAGCAGAGAGCUUGUGUAUCCCAAGUCUCAGAUUUAAUCCCAUUUACAGCCGCAGCUUUAGCGGCAGAUAAAUCACUGCCUCAUUCUGGAUGUCUAAACAUGUCGUAAAUUAAAGUCAGUUUUGAUUGUUUCCUCUCAGUGUCACUUCAAACUGCUGUUUGGUUUGCGUUCAGGUCGGGGGAGGAGUUGGGUGCUGUUUCACAUUCAGAGAGGAGGGCUGCUCUUGAAGGAUCUCAUCCUCUUUGGGGCUAUAAAGACGAUGAGCCUUCGAGACGCAGCAAAUUAACUCCAUUGGCGAAUUACUGCGCUGCGAGGCAUCGCUGCGCCACUGCGACCCGCUUCUGUUUUUUAAUGCUCAUAUUUGAUUAAAGCGAGCGGAUUCGGGCUAAGAUGAUGGAGUACAUGGAGGAUAAGUUUGCGUUGAAAAGCCAAGCGAUGAAGGCCAGCGAUUACUACAUGGACCAAGUCAUGGAGAGCCUGGACAGCGCGCAGUACUUCACCAAGUCCUCCCCGAAAUGUGCGCAGGCCUUCGGGCUGCAGAGCGGCGAGCACCGCUCCUCGCCCUGCGGAGACCAGAACGCCAGUUACGGCGUACCAAAGGCGGACGAGGACACUUUGCACUCGGACUUGGGCAGGUCCAUGGACAGCUGCUGCACCCUGCGAGCGUCUCCGGUGACCAGCGGACAGGACAAAACGGAUCUGGACGACAUGGGAGACAAGUGCGACAGUAACGUGUCCAGCAGCAAGAAGAGGAGGCACCGGACGACCUUCACCAGCGCGCAGCUGGAGGAGCUGGAGAAAGUCUUUCAGAAAACUCACUACCCAGAUGUUUAUGUGAGGGAACAGCUGGCCAUGAGGACGGAGCUGACGGAGGCCAGAGUGCAGGUGUGGUUUCAGAACCGGAGGGCCAAGUGGCGGAAGAGAGAGCGCUACGGGCAGAUCCAACAAGCCAAAACUCACUUUGCAGCCACCUACGACCUGUCGGUGUUACCGAGAACCGACAGCUACACGCAGAUUCCCAACAACCUGUGGCCGAGCUCUGCUCCCGGUGGCUCCGUGGUCUCCUCCUGCAUGCUGCCCCGAGGCUCCCCUCCCUGCGUCACUUCCUACUCGCACUCCCCCCGUUCGGCCGCCGGUGCCGCCGACCACGGCUACGUGGGCUUCCCCAACCAGCAGAACCAGUUUGGCCACGUCUCCCUUAACAACUUCUUCAGCGCAGACUCCCUCCUCACGCCGGCCGCCAACGGUCACCACGCCUUCGAGACCAAGCCCGAGUUCGAGAGGCGCUCGUCCAGCAUCGCCGUGCUGCGCAUGAAGGCCAAGGAGCACACGGCCAACAUCUCCUGGGCCAUGUGAUCAGGCUCCCAUGUGCGUGUGGAGAAGAUCUGGAUAAUGUAUGGAAAAAUCAUUUUAUCAUUUUUUAGAAAGUGUGGGACUUGCCCAGAGAGGCUGAAAUCAAAACAAACUGUCUGCAUCACAGGACGUAUCUGUCAACAUUCAUCAUCUACGGACUACAUGUCACUGAUUGGUUGUUGUGAAUGAAAAUCAGCUACGGAGCGAUUUGGCUAAUUGCAGAAUCAAACUGCUCUGCCAUUCAGACCUGCGUCACAUGUAACUGCGACCCAAGAAAAUGGAGUCUGGAUAAAGUACACAAAUGGAAAAUGUGUCAGGAUUUGUGGUUUUCUGCAUCUAAUCUAAAAGCUGCAAGUUAAUGAGCUCAAGCCAGAAACAAAACAAUGCAAAGAGUUAUGAUGUCGUGUGGCGGACAAUCAGCUGUGUGUCUGCUCUGAGGUCUGCACUCAGGUGCACGAGUCCCAAUGUUAAAAUGCUCAGACGGCCAAGCGGUCAAAGACACUAAAACAAUACAUUCAUGUCAUUCUGACUUUCAGGGUAAAGUUCAGUUCAUAAUCUUAGAGCCCACAAACCGGACGGCUGGUGAGCCCUCACGAUCUGUGGAGGUGAGAGCUGUGAUGUGAACAAACUCUCUUUGUUGUUGUUGUU